AUGGCGAAGCAGCCGAGACCAGCCUGCGUUUGGUGCGUCCGCCCACGCUCGGGGCUCGUCCUGACUGUCGAGGAGAGCAAGGGCCUCGAGUUUGACGACGUCUGCAUCUUCGACUUCUUCGCCGACUCCGACAAGGCUUGCACCUGGCCGGUGGUCGGCGCCAUCGACGGCGAGGUGGCGCCGGGCGCGACCGCUCCGCACGCCUUCGACACGCUGCGCGAUCAGGUGCUGUGCGUGGAGCUCAAGAUGCUCUACGUCGCCAUGACACGGGCGCGCAAGCGCUGCUUCGUCUACGACUCGUCGACCGAGCGGCGCGCGCCCCUCUUUGGCUACCUCAGCCGCGCGGGCGUCGCCGAGAGCGGGCUCGAGAGCCUCCUCUCCGUGACCAAGACGAAGAGCCGCAAGUCGAGCGCGCAGGACUGGCUGCGCCAGGCCGCCAAUCUCGAGCGCAACAAGCUGUGGGCGCACGCCGAGAAGGCGCAGCCUCUCUCACACGCGUACCUCAAGGGCGCCGACCGCGCCAGCGCGCUCGUGAUGGGCGGAAAGCGCCUCUACUUCGAGGCCAAGGAGGCGAAGGACGCGGCGGCGACGGGCCGACUCCUCCACCUCGCCGCCGUCGCGCUGCUGCAGGGCGCGGCUGCGCAGCCGGAGGGCGCCGCCGCCGACAGGCUGCGCAGCUCGGCGGCGCAGGUGUGGUGUGAGGCGGCGAUGACUGCGCCGACGCCGCGCUCCGCGGCAAAGUCCUUCUACACCAAGGCGGCGGAGCUGCUGCGCGACGGCUUUGGCCGCGGCCGCUCUGCGUCGCGGCUGGUCGAUGCGCUCAGCUGCUUCGUGAGCGCGGCCGCGCAGGCGGCGCUUGCACCGCUGCCGUCGAGACGCGUGCUUCCUUCAAUGCACGCUCCCUUCAAUGACGUGGCCUUGGCGGCCGGGCAAGAGGCGGCGGUGGACGAGGCGGUCAAGAUCGUGGCGGCGAGCCUCCGCUGGGGUGCUUAAGGCGGCCCCGAGCAUGUGGCAAAAAGCAAGCGGCCUCGGCGACCAGCGCGCCGGCCGGGAGACCGGCGGGUGGGGGGUGGGGAAAGGUGGGGGAAGGUCAGAGGUGGCGGGGCAGAGCUCUUAGCGAGGCCGUCCCGCCGCUAAUCUGUGGCCGCUCUCCCCUACCGAGAGGCGUGGGCGAGGCGCGGGGCGGGGCGGCAGAGGACUGUGCACAGCCAGCCAUGGCGUGCGCGCGGCAGGUCCGCGUGCGGCCGGCGGAUCCGGCGUGGCGCACCGUGUGCGCCGCGCACCACACACGCGCGCAUGUGGACACAUUUGGGACCGGAAGGUCGGUCGCUCCUCCCUGCCUCCGCGAGUGUUUACCGGCAUGUCGGGGACGUGAGGGGUCGGCUCGAACUCCCAUGGAGUCUGCCAGUCUCUAUAUCUCUGCGCACUCUGGGGUUGAUGCGCCGUUUCUCUUACUCUUUCCUCUUUUCGUCUC